GUUUGUUGGUGUCUGAAUUAUAGGUAGUCAGCUGAUUUGGAAUGAAUCUUGAGCGGUAACACGUUUCGUCGACCACGUGAAUCAUUACUAAAUUUUAAUAACCAAUUCUCAAUAAUGAGUAUAUUUAAAGAAAGUGCAUGGGAAACUGACGAAACAGGGGACAAACUGACGAAAGAAUUUUUAUCAGAUAAAAAGGUGGGUCCAAAAGAAAAGACUAGAAAAAACGUAGGAAAGAGGAAGAAAAAGGCGAAAAUUGUACAAUCGGAUACAAACUCUGCAGCAACCACUAAUCAAAAUGAGAGUGGUGUUGAAAAGGUUAAAAAAAAACGCAAAGGUUCUGAGAUUACCAUCGACCAAGAUAUUAUCAAGAAGUGGAAAACAGAAUCAAUGAAACCAAAUAUAUCCAGGGGCAAGACAAAGGAACCUAAAAAUAAUUCCAAAGAAAAAGAAAUUCGGAAUACUGAAACAAAAACGGGUAACAGUAAGGAGCCUGUCUCUACUAAAGGAUCCGUAGCAAAGAUUUCUGACGUGGAAAAAGUUAAUAGCAAAAGAGAAGUUAAUAAUUCUGUCAUACAUUCUGACCAAUGUGCACCGAAUUCAAGUACUUCAGAUGUUAAAACAAAAUCACAAAUUCGAAGACUUAGACGGAAACAGAAAUUAUCACAUAGUACAGCCAUAAUAUCAAAAAUCAACGGAACUGGUGAUGGUUCUAAACAUUUUGGAAAUGAAGUAGAAAAUUCUGUGGGUAAUAUUAGCAGAACUGUAAAUAAAAAAGGUUCAACUAUUACUAAAAAUUCGAAAGACUUGAGGAAAGCACCGUUGCACAUAGAUAAAAUACAUAAACUGCUUGCUGCCAAGCAGGACGAAGCUUCCAAAACUUCGAAUGGAAAUCUUAGUACUCCUAAAUCACUGAGGGACAGAAUGUUGGCUAGACUCAAGUCUUCGAGGUUUAGAUUCCUAAAUGAACAAAUGUAUAACAGUGAAAGCUGGUCAUCCAGGAAAUACUUCAAGGAAGAUCCAGAUGCUUUCACAGCUUACCAUGAAGGUUACAAACUUCAAGUCGAACAGUGGCCUUUGAAUCCUCUUGACAAUAUAAUAUCAUCAAUUAAAAGAAUGCCGAAAGACUAUGUCGUCGCAGAUUUUGGAUGUGGAGAAGCACGGCUAGCUGAAAGCGUUGCACAGAAAGUGCAUUCGUUAGAUUUAGUGGCCAUAAACGACAGGGUAACUGCUUGCGACAUGGCACAUACUUCUCUGCUGACUGCAAGAAUUGACGUUGUUGUCUUUUGCCUCUCCUUGAUGGGCACUAAUCUCGCAGACUACGUAAAAGAGGCAAACAGAGUUCUCAGAAAAGAUGGAAUUCUGAAAAUUGCCGAAGUUGAAAGUAGGUUUGAGGAUGUUGAUGGAUUCGUGAAAACUUUAGGGAGUUACGGAUUUGUUAAUACCUCAAAAGACCUAUCACACAGUUUAUUUUACUUUAUGGAUUUUAAAAAAGAAGCAGACGUCACGAAAAAGCGGAAUAAACUACCUCCUAUAACAUUAAAAGCGUGCUUGUAUAAAAAACGUUAAAUCGGGUCGUAAUAAAUUAUGAACUAUUGCUUAAA